UGCUAUUCUGAACGGGCCCAAAAAAAUAAGAGGAAGCAUUUAUAGGCAGACUAAUUUCGAGGCCGAGGAAUUGGUUAAAUAAGGACAUCUAAACAAUUUUACAAUGGCGCCAUCACAAAAGGGAAAGCAAGGAACGAAAGGAGCAAAGCAGAUUGUAGAGGAAAACAAGGCCACACUAAAAUUUUAUAGGAACAUGGCAAUUGGAUGUAGCGCUGGCACCGUAUUGAUAAACUUGAUAUUUUUUGGCAUUAGCACAGUGACGGUGAUUAUGGGCAUCAUUGCUGUACUGUCUCUAACUGCCGCCGUACAGUUCAUGGUUUUCAUGUCGCGUCCAAAGUACUCGGAAAGCGGCACUAUUCUGGAUUCUGGUAACGAUUUGAAUAUGGAGGGCGGUAUUGCCGAAAAUGUAAAAGAUUUAAUCAUUCUGACAUCAGGCACACUCUUACUUUCCCUGCUAUCCAACUACUUCUGGUUCCUCUUACUCUUGGCGCCUUUGCGGGCCGUCUGGAUGUUGUGGGGUAGUGUAAUUCAGCCUUGGCUGUCACAACGUAACGCUGCCAACCAAGAACCAGAGUUGGAUGAAAAGAAGCAACGUAAACUUGAGCGUAAAAUGCGGCGAAUGAGAUGAGGGUCUAAUAUGCGCUAAAAGGUCAGCUUACAAAUGCAGUGCCAAGAGAGCCUUAAGGGAAAAUCCAAUUAAAAUUUCGUUGCAAAUGCGAAUGAUGCCUGUAAAACAGAUAAACUCGUCGGGUGGGAAACGUGACCCUACAAAUAUUUAAGUACCUAUGUAGAUAUAUGUUUUGUGUUUGUUAUUUGGCAUCUCGAGCUGCAUCAGUAUAAUGUUAGUUUGGAAUUUCUUGUACUUUGGUGCUAGUUGCUUUUUUUUAUAAAUAUUUAUACUAGAGUUUGGAUACAAAAAAUAAGAGAUUUUUAAUUAAUAAAUGUAAAAUAAAAGGUGAGAACUUCAGUCAA